AGGAAAUAUCGUGGGAUGUGUCCAAUCAGCAUUCUCCAUUCCCUCGGUACGGUUUUGGGAUGGCCGUCUGCGGGCUGCUGUAGAGAGUGUCGGAAUAAAACGAAAAGAAAAAUCAGGGUGCCGGAGUGCCGUAGGUGAGCAAUGGGAGAGAUCGAGGGCUCGUACCGCGCUCUGCCGACCCCCGGGACCCGUCUGGGCACCCAGACUAAUGCUGGCAUUAGUACCCUGGAGCAAGGCCAGAGCCUCAACUCAAAGAGCCAGGGCAAGGCGCUGCCACUGCGGGUUCAAGGGCUGGAUGGCACACAGGAUUUUUACGACAUGGAGACGAAGGCAGAUGGUCAGGCUCUCCUGAAUGAGGUGUACCGGAGGCUCAAUCUCAUCGAGUCGGACUACUUUGGCCUGGAAUUUCACAACGUGCACAUGAACUGGACAUGGUUGGAACCGUUGAAACUCAUAGUGAAACAAGUAAGGAGGCCCAAGAACACGCUCUUCAGGCUCUCGGUGAAGUUUCCCCCAGACCCUGGCCAGCUGCAGGAGGAGUUCACCAGGUACCUGUUUGCCCUGCAGAUGAAGAGGGACCUGACUGAGGGCAGGCUUCACUGCUCUGAGAAUACCGGCGCCCUUCUGGCUUCUCACUUAGUGCAGUCGGAGAUGGGCGACUACGACGACCUGGCUGACCGGGACUUCCUGAAGCUGAACAAGCUCUUGCCCAAUCAGGACGCUGUUCAGGAGAAGAUCUUGGAGUUCCACCGUCGGCACACCAGAGGGCAGACUCCGGCUGACUCCGAUUUUCAAGUGCUGGAGAUCGCCCGCAAGCUAGAACUGUACGGCGUGCGGUUCCACCCUGCGGCAGACCGCGAGGGUACCAAGAUCAACCUGGCGGUGGCCCACAUGGGUCUGCAGGUCUUCCAGGGUAAUACAAAAAUCAACACCUUCAACUGGUCCAAGAUCCGCAAGCUGAGCUUCAAGAGGAAGAGAUUUCUAGUCAAGCUCCACCCAGAGGUCCAUGGUCCCCAUGAGGACACGCUGGAGUUCUUGAUGGCCAGUCGGGACCAGUGCAAGGUGUUCUGGAAGAACUGUGUCGAGCACCACACAUUCUUCCGCUUGCUUGACCAGCCAAAGCCCAAGUCCAAAGCCAUUCUCUUCAGCAGAGGUUCUUCUUUUAGAUACAGUGGGAGAACGCAGAAGCAGCUGGUGGAGUACGUCCGGGACAGCGGUGCGAAGAGGACACCCUACCAAAGGAGGAACAGCAAGAGCCGCAUUUCGGGUCGCUCCGUGGCUUCUGAUGUGCCCAAACAGGUGCCGGCGACGCCCUCUUCAGCCACCGUGUCCUUCCAUUCGCUCCGUACCGGAAGCCCCGCCCCCCACACACCGUCAUUGGCCGGUCCGCCCAUCUCCCUGAAGGAGGAAACCUCCCAAGCUGCCACCAGCUCCCCGCCGCGCCUCGCGUUUCCAGAAGCUCCCCCCGACAGCCCGCAAGCCUCGCCACCUUCCCUGGUUCCGGAGAGCCCCCUCUGCCUCUCCCCCUCCUUCCAGAUGUCCACCCUCAGCCUCCCAGGGCAGGCUCCCUCCCCCCUGCAGAGCCCCAUCCUGAGUGAGGUGGGCAGUGUCCGGCUGGAGGAGGAGGAUGAUGAGGGGGUUAGGAGGAAGAGGUAUCCCACUGACAAGGCGUACUUCAUUGCCAAAGAGAUUCUGACCACAGAGAGGACCUAUCUGAAGGACCUGGAGGUUAUCACAGUGUGGUUCCGCAGUGCCGUCAUCAAGGAGGGCGCCAUGCCCGAAGGUCUCAUGACCCUCCUCUUCUCCAACAUCGACCCCGUUUACGAGUUCCACCGAGGGUUCCUCAAAGAGGUCGACCAGAGGCUGGCUCUCUGGGAGGGUCGAUCCAACGCCCAUGUUAAGGGGGACUACCAGCACAUCGGCGACGUGAUGCUGAAGAACAUGUGCGCUCUGAAGGAGUUCACCAGCUACCUGCAGAAGCACGACGAGGUGCUGACGGAGCUGGAGAAGGCCACCAAGCGCCUGAAGAAGCUGGAGACGGUCUACAAGGAGUUCGAGCUGCAGAAAGUGUGCUACCUGCCGCUCAAUACCUUCCUGCUGAAGCCGAUCCAGCGGCUGAUGCACUACAAACUGAUCCUGGAGCGUCUGUGCAAGCACUACACACCGGAACACCGCGACUACGAGGACUGCAAGGGGGCCUUGAAGGAGGUGACUGGGAUGGCUGCCCAGCUGCAGAGCAGCCUCAUCCGGCUGGAGAACUUCCAGAAGCUCACGGAGCUGCAGAGGGACCUCAUUGGCAUGGAGAGUCUCAUCACUCCUGGCAGGGAGUUCAUCCGAGAGGGCUGUCUGUACAAGCUCACCAAGAAGGGACUGCAGCAGAGGAUGUUCUUCUUGUUUUCCGACAUGCUCCUGUACACCAGCAAAGGGGUGACGGCCACAAACCAGUUCAAAGUGCACGGCCAGCUGCCGCUCCACGGCAUGAUCAUCAUACUGCUGGAUGUACCGGUUGAGGAGAGCGAGAACGAGUGGAACGUUCCCCACUGCUUCACCAUCUACUCCGUGCAGAGGACCAUCGUGGUGGCUGCUAGCUCUAAGGUGGAGAUGGGCAAGUGGAUAGAGGACCUGAACCAGGCGAUCGACCUGGCCAAGAAAUCCCAGGAGAAAUCGGGGCUUUUCCUGGACCCGGGACAGUGCGAUCGUUCAAACAGGUCCUCUGACGAGGUGUCCCUGGAGCAGGAGUCCGAGGACGAAACGCACUCAUCCCGUAGCUCGCUGGACAGGCAGACUCACCACCGCGCCAACACCACCAUGCAUGUGUGCUGGCACCGAAACACCAGCGUCUCCAUGUCUGACCACAGCCUCUCCGUGGAGAAUCAGCUCUCCGGAUACCUUCUCAGAAAGUUCAAGAACAGCAACGGCUGGCAGAAGCUGUGGGUGGUCUUUACAAACUUCUGCCUCUUCUUCUACAAGACGCACCAGGAUGAUUUUCCUCUGGCCAGUCUCCCCCUGCUGGGCUACACAGUCAGCACGCCGGGCGAGUUUGACGGCAUCCACAAGGAGUAUGUCUUCAAGCUACAGUUCAAAUCCCACGUGUACUACUUCCGGGCAGAGAGCGAGUACACGUUUUCCAGGUGGAUGGAAGUGAUCAAGAGUGCAGCCAGUGUCCCGGGCAGGAUGAGCCUACUUGUCCCCAAGGAUGCGCCUGAGAUCAAUGGCAACUGAGCACCUGGAUGGUCGGACUUCUUGGAGCUGCAGGGGUGGGUGGGGAAGCUUGUCCGUGUGUGAAUUGUUGUUGUUAUUUUAUUUUAUUUUUUUUUUUUUUAACCCCCCACCCCCAUGUCACCUGAGACUCUGCUCUUGUUGCCACGGGGAUUCUCAGCGACUCUAAAGAAUGGGAUAUGACUCACAGGUGCUACCAUGAAAGGGCUCCUUUCGUUUGUGCGUUGUGAGCCCGCUCAACCCCCCCCUGCCCCCCCCCCCAGCUUCUGGGAAAUAAAGCGUCACUAAAGACGCACCGACGCCCAUCCAUGUGUUGGAACAGAUACGAGUACUGAACACAAAGGCGGGACGUUUGCGUGCGAUUUUAAACAGGUCCUCCUCAAGCAUCGUAGUGCGUCUCACUAAAACCACCCUGUUGAUCGCAAAGGGCUUUUCUGCUGCUGGCCGGUGCCACCUUGCAAUGGAUUCAUGGGAUACUCUGCGGUAUCAGCCACACCCCAUUGCUGUCAUGUGACGUCACUUUUAGCGCCCAAUGGAUAGAAAGGCUUUCUGGAUGACAGGGGAAUUAAAAUGAUCGUUUCCUUUCCUGUCGAAAGAAUGCAUUGCACUCCAGACCAAAAUCUUACACAGAUGGGCAGACAUAAUUUAACUUGUUGUAAGUCUGUGGAUGGUCACAUACUGAAUAGGGAGUUGAGCGAAAGGUUCAUAUUGCGAUUUUGGUGGGACGAGUGCAUCGAAGGUUUAAAGGCCAGGCUUGUACGUAGUGAGAUGCAGAGACUCUGAAACCUAGGUCACGCAUCUCGGAUAAGUAGAUGCCGAUCCACACAUGCCUGGCAGAAGACGGCUGUAGGAAGGAAAGUGUACAGGGAGUCAUGUUGAGGAGGGUAUCCGGAAGUGCGGAAGGGAUGAAGCUCACUGUGAAACCAUCAAGUGAUGGGUUGCGGUUUGUCUCGCAGGCGAGGGUAGGGCCCCGUCUUGGUCUUUAGAGGUGCCAUAUUACUUUGAGGCAUGUGAAUGACUGGUGUCAUUUUUUUCUUGAACAGGAAUGUGAUGGGUUUGCCAAUCCAGAACCGUUAAAGCGUACGUACGGCUCACCUUAACCCUGGCUGAUUGAGAUGGCUGCCUUUGGAAGACACUCGGUGUUCCUGAAAGAACCCUGUAAUGAUUUUAUAUUUCUUUGAGUUUUGUAUCUAGCUGUUCGUGUUGGGGGUUUUAGGAAAUAUGGCUGUUCCAUAAGGUGCAAGUUAAAUAUUAUAUAUGUGUACAUUAUUAUUCUGAUUGAUCUUGCAUGUUAAUUAUUUCCAGUGGAUUGGCUGGGUAAAGGAAUAAUGCAAAGGGCGACUGUCAGUGAACUAGGCUGUAUUAGUGCUCUCUCGCUCUGCCUAGACAUUAAACCUGCAUCCCCAGUGCUACUCUGGGACUAUGGAAACAGCUGCUGUCUUGUUGAGAUCUUGCUUUCUUCCUGGGCAGCAGCUCUGGUCCUCGUGCUUCAGUCCAAGGUCUUUUAUCUCCGCUGAAGGACUGAAGUUGUGCGUGCUUCUCUGGGAGGACAGCAUGAGCGUCACAUGCAGCUUUGACGCAGUUGCUGCCUCUUACCACAGGACAUGUUUAAAAUGAUUAUGUAGGGAAUUAACUUGCCAAUCUUGGGCUUGAGUUGAACGCCGGCUUGGAUUGGUCAGACUAUGGUCAGUGCUGAAAGGGCAACAUGGACAGUUAGGCCUGAUGUGAUGUGUUAACCCAGGGCGACAAAUAUGCAGUGUGAAAUACUGCCCAAUGUCAGGAUAGGGCUGUAGAUUAACAAUGACAAAAAUUGACCAAAGCACCUGUGAACUGGAAAAUGCCCACGUCUGAGCUUUCAGGCUCUCGGCAGUAGUAAACCGCACUUCUGUAUGUAAAAUAUUAAUUUCCUUUUCCUGUAAUUCUUUUGGUUUAGUAUUUACCAUUUUAUUUCUCAUUUUAUUACCUCGACUUUCAAGGCUGGUCAUUCUAAAUCAAAGGACUGUAUCACGUUCAAUUGUGGAAUUUCACGGUUCCUGGAGGGGGGGGGGGGAUUUCUGAGUGCUACUGGAUGGAAUUUGGGCUAAAGUUCUGACUUCAUGGAGGCCUGGGGCAUUAAUACAAGUAGCUAUAAGUACAGGCCUGUCUGAUUCCUGCUCUGGCUUGUACCUCUUCCAGCGCUGGCUUUCAGAAGCGGCGUCUCUCUUCCCCCACUGCCCAAAAGGGAACACAGGAUAUGACAUCGCUCUUGUAAUGUUCCAUGUUCCUGUCUGGACUUAAGAUAUUUCUAUUUCCUGAUAUCUUCAGCCAAAGGCCAGUGUUUUUUUUUUUUUUCCUCUCUCCCCCCUUUGGGGAAGGUGGUUGUCAAAGCAAGACUGAAUACAGUGAACUGAAGUUAUUUAAUGGUCCAGAAUUUGAUUAGUGCCAGACUUGCAAAAGAACUUUAACUGGAUGUUGUUUCAUGUUUUUUUGGCUCCUUUCUUGCUUUGUAUAGAACAGACUUCUGGAGCAAACCGGUGGUGCGACGUGCUCGGCGUUUCGCACGGUAUAUGCACGAGUGUAAGAGCAUCCACCCUUUAAACGAGCUGGUCUUGACAACCUGUCUGGCUUUCCGCGUAAAAGCCUCUCACUGCAGGCCGCGGGGCUUUUUUUUCCCCUGACACGCCCAUCCGUUUGUUCCCAUCCAACCCUCACCCGUUUUAUAUCGUGCCUAUUUAUUGUUUAGCAUGUCGCUGGAGUUGUACUCCUGUUAACCCUGCAUGUAGUUGUUUUUGCUCAUUUACAGUGAAAUAAAAUCCCACUUGCUUAAAGGA